AAGUUUGGAUGCGGUGGCGACGAUUUGAGUGGUGGAAACAUACGUGCUAUGGACUGAAUUUAUCAAGUUAAACAUGGCAGACAGUGAGGUCAAAACUUUGCUGAAUUUCGUGAAUCUGGCGUCCAGUGACAUCAAAGCGGCCUUGGAUAAGUCAGCUCCGUGCAGGCGCUCUGUGGAUCACAGGAAGUACCUUCAGAAACAGCUCAAGCGUUUCUCCCAGAAGUACUCCCGAGUGCCUAAGUGUCACGCGCACAGGCCCGCCGAGCACGGCAAACCCGGAGGCUCUGCUCAUGAGAGUGUGAAGGGCAGAGCGCAGGACGCGGAGAACGUGGGGAAUGCAGUAGAGCAGGUGCCGAUGAGAAAACGCCAGCUACCUGCGUCUUUUUGGGAGGAACCCAAGUUAUCCCAGGAUAGGAAGGAGAAUUCUAUCUCAGGAUUCAAAAAGUCGGAUUGGGCAGAUAAGAGGACAAGGGCUUGUGAAGAUGUGGCGAAGGCCAGUGCGUCUUCGUCCACACGUCGCGAUAAAGAUGCGCUCCUUUUGGACCUGACCUCGCAUCACUGCGUGAGCGUCUGUGGCUGCUGUCCGCUCCAGUACCACGGUCAACAGGUCCUGCACAGUCACAUUGUGGUCCCCCAUCCUCCUCUGGGACUGUGGAGCAAAGCAGCGCGCACUGACGCAGAGAUGUCCGAGCAUCCAUAUGGACACAAGAUCCACACGCACGUUGUGGUCAAACCUAUCCCCACCAAGCCUACGAUCCAGUCUCCAAUAUUCAGCGUUUUUGGCUUCAUUUGACUGACCCAAGGAGGGGCUGCACGUGUAAAUAGGACUUAUCCUGGUGUUUCAGUAGCCUUUGAUAAAAGCACUUAUUUGUAACGCUCAUGUUUGUUCUUCAUGUGACAAGGACUAUAAGUUGCACUUGCCGAGUUCUUCCAUCAGCUUAAUGUUGAUGAGGAUAAUGAUGUCACUGAGUGUUUGAUCACUGACAGUAAGGUUAAAAGUUUAAAUUUCAUUUCUCUAUUUUUUACUGUUCCCUUUUUAGCCAUGCAAAUGACGGUGUGCUGUUUUAGUUUCCUCUUUGCUGCAAAAAUAGAAUAUGUGACAGAUUUUCUUUUUGUCAAAGCAAGAUUUG